CGCGACUCUGAAGCCUCCCCGCGAAGAGCUGUUGAGAACGCGACGACGAAGUUCAAGCAACUUUGUCGAGAAACCAAACGGUUAAUUUUUGUACCAUUUGAACAGCUACUCUGUAGCAAACAGUCGCAAAGAUGGCGUCGACCAACAAGCAAGGCAAGAUGGCCGGUUACAUCAACUACCGGAUGCGUGUCACUCUUAACGAUGGCCGCCAGAUGACUGGACAAAUGCUUGCUUUCGACAAGCACAUGAACCUCGUCCUGGCCGAUGCUGAAGAGUUCCGUCGCAUUAAGCGGAGACAAAACAAGCCUGCCGCCCCUGGCUCGUCUGCCCCCGCCGUCCAGACCGUCGAACAGGAGGAGAAGCGCACAUUGGGUCUUACAAUCAUCCGUGGUGCCCAUAUUGUCUCGCUCUCGGUCGAAUCGCCUCCCCCCGCGGACCCGAGCGCUCGUCUCGGAAAAUCGACUGGUGGAGGACUUGCUUCAACGCUCCAGGCUGGUCCUGGUGUUGCUCGACCUGCUGGACGUGGUGCUGCCGCUCCUAUCUCGCUCGCCGGUCCCGCCGCUGGUGUUGGCGGCGCUGCGCCUCCCCCGCCGUUCCCUGGGUUCCCCGGUGCUGCACCCCCCGGUUUCCCCGGCCGUGGUGGCCCUCCUCCUCCCGGCUUCCCUGUAUUCCCUCCCGCAGCUGGCUUCCCCGGUGCCCCUGGUUUCCCGCCCUCGUUCCCGCCCCCAGGCGCUGGUGGCCCAGCUGGCUUCAACCCGCCUCCCCGCAGAUAAGGAGGUUGACUGCUCGAUUUUACCGUUAAUUUACCGAUCCAAUCUGAUGGUGUAUUGUGUCUGAGACAUGCUAGAACUCCCCUGCAUGAAGCGGGCUCGGAUGAAAGCAAAUGAAGCUCUGCCAUGGUUCAAGAGGUGUGAAUUUUACGCUGGCGUUUAGGGGGUUCACUGAAAACAUUUGUUUAGAGCGGGAUAAGUACCUGCGUUUUGCAAGCAUGAAUCAGGGAUAUAGCAUUGCAAAAACAUGGCAAACAUCACUACAAAUAAUGAAAACCAUAGC